ACAGAGAGGCCACGCCAAGCCCAAGACAGCUGCCCCCUUCCGCUUCCCGAACAAUCCAUCUACCCGCCGGCGCUCGCCUCCGCCCCAACUUUUCCCCUUCGUCUCGUUCAAAUCGCCAAGGCCGAGCAGCAGCAAGCAAAGCCGCGCCGGCGUGGCGGGUGGUUGAGGAGGCAUGCCGCCUAAAUCCGAUAGCGUUGAAGGAAUCGUCCUGGGUUUCGUCAAUGAGCAAAACAGGCCAUUGAAUUCACAGAAUGCAGCUGAUGCACUACAGAAGUUUAAUCUUAAGAAGACUGCAGUACAAAAGGCACUGGAUGCAUUGGCUGACAGUGGACAGAUUUCCUUCAAGGAGUAUGGCAAGCAGAAAAUUUACAUUGCUCGGCAAGAUCAAUUUGAGAUUCCAAAUGGUGAAGAACUUGAGGAGAUGAAGAAAAGAAAUGCCAAGUUACAGGAAGAACUCGCGGAUCAAAAGAAAGCAAUUAGUGAGGUUGAAUCUGAGGUACGAGGUCUGCAGUCAAACUUGACGCUGGCAGAGAUUACGUCAAAGGAGACUAAAUUACAAAGCGAAGUCCAGGAAAUGGAAGAGAAACUAAAUAAAUUGCGGAGUGGUGUUACCUUGGUGAAACCUGAAGACAGGAAGAUCAUUGAGAAUUCCUUUGCUGAGAAAGUUAACCAAUGGAAAAAGCGGAAGAGGAUGUUCAAGGAGCUUUGGGAUAAUAUUACUGAGAAUAGCCCAAAGGAUCAGAAGGAAUUUAAGGAAGAACUUGGUCUCGAGUAUGACGAAGAUGUUGAUGUGAACCUGCAGUCUUACUCUGAUAUGCUAGCAAGUCUAAACAAAAGGCGAAAAAUUUCCCGCUGAUGUAGCAUGAGCAUCUCAAGUUGAAAGUAGGCUACAACCCUUUCACACUUUCACCAGCUAUGCAUUCGUGGUUCUACUGGUUCCUACGCUUUCUGUAGCUGAGAUGUUCCAGAUAGAUAAUCUUGUCUUCUGUUAAUAUUUAUUGGCUAAUGAGUAUUCUAGUCGGUAGGUUCAGACCAUAGCGAGUGAGUUUACCCUGGCAGCAGUGAGUUUAAUAUAAGCUUUGUAACUGUUGAGUUACAGCAAAUCCUGCGUCCUCUUCAUUGUAUCUAUAGUUCUGUAUACUGCUAUAUAUUGUACUGUUUUUUUUUUUGUUGCUAUGGCCA